CAACUCCGAUAUGGCGAAACAGUAGUACGCACACCCUGGCAAUAGCCUCGGCGGCUCGGCCUCCCCCUCCCAAUUUCUUUCAUUUCUCUGUAUCUCUCUUUGACUUCGAAAAGUAGAUGAUUCGACGUUCGUUGAUCUGAUCUCAGAAGCAUAAAUUACAGAGCAGGGUUAGGGUUAGGGUUUACAGAUUCGAUGGAUGUCCAGAAGAAACGAGUUCAACUUCUGAUCUUUGCCAUUGGCGUCGCCGCUCUCAGUAUCGCAGCUGAUAAAUGUAGGCAGCUGGCUGGUGAAGAGGCUGCAUCCAAGAGUGGGCAGUUUACUGUCUUAAAUUGUUUUGAUGGGGGUUCUGGGACCAUGGCAUGCGUCGUAAAGGAGGGUGUGAAGCUCUACUUCUACAAUAUCAGAUCUGCUCAUGUUGAGAGAAUGAGGAAUAAAGCAAUUGAGAAAGCACUAGUUGAUGCUUUGUCACAAGGCCUGGCAGCUGAAGAUGCAGCAAAACAAGUCCAGAAAGAAGGACAAAAAGCAGCAAAACUAGCGACCCGACAAGCCAAGCGCAUCAUAGGCCCUAUAAUAUCUUCAGGGUGGGAUUUUUUUGAAGCACUUUAUCUUGGGGGCACAAUGACUGAAGGGUUCCUUAGGGGCACCGGAACCUUGUUUGGGACGUACGUCGUUGGUUACCUUGGAGAGGAAAGGUUUGGGAGGUUUGGUUAUUUGUUGGGAAGUGAAUUGGGCAGUUGGGUUGGAGGAAGGAUUGGACUAAUGGUGUAUGAUGUUGUUAAUGGAGUACAAUAUUUGCUUCAAUUUGUUCAACCGGGUGAAGCUACAGUUUAUGAAACUUCCACUUCUGAAAGCUCUGAAGGAGAGGAAAGUAAAGUUUAUGAGACUCCUUUUGAGCGUGCUGAAGAAUCUUCUUCAUAUGAUUCCAAUGUUUAUGAGACUCCAACCUACACAAACUUUGAGGUUUCUGAAGACUCCAGUAGCUACGAAUCUCCUUUCUAUGAGAGCUCUGAAUCCCACGAAGAUCUCUGAUUGAGUGGACAAAGUAGGUGGACUUAAUUAUAUGAUUAUUGAACUUGUGCUAGUGAUUAGUCACUAUCCGAUUACUUCUAGUCCAAUAUUUGUAUAGAAAUUUAUGCAUAAAUGUUGUAUUUUUCUGCUUAGGCUUUCAAUAUGAAAUUCUGCUGUCAUAUUUCUGGAGGGCACUCUCCUUUUGGAUGCACACUUGUGGAGGAGAGAACUUCGUGAAAAAAGGUCGUGUAUGCUAAUUUUCCAGAAUAAGAUAAAAUUGAAAUGUUCAACAAGCUCU